AUGGGGUCCACCAUAGAGCUGGGCGAUGUCCCUCCAAUCUACAAGAUCGACUUCUCUCUCCCCCCAGCAGAGCGAUACGUUCAAGUCGCCAAGAAGCAUCGCAACGAGCUCAUAUCGCUCACCACCCUAUUUGAUGGCUUGGUUGAGAGCAUCGCACCCGAUAUAUCGCUGCAGUGGGUCAAGCGCGUUGCGCGCUUGUUCUUCCGUCGGUUGUAUUCCGGGGAGGAAACAGAGGAGAUCCGCGGUAUCAGCCAGGCCACCGGGAUCGAGAUGUAUCUGAUUGUCUCGCUGAAUGUUCUCCUUGACGUAUUGAUGGGUUGCACGAGUGGCGCGGCGCGGUCACGGGGCAAAGACACGACGCCUCGCAUGCUUCAUUUUCGCACGCUGGACUGGGGGAUGGAUGCGUUGCGGCGGGUGCUUGUGCAGUUUGAGUAUGUCCGCGGUCCGGAUUAUGAUACAGUACUGGCGACGAAUAUCACCUACGUUGGGUUUGUGGGCGUGUUGACCGGUGUCAGGGAGGGGCUGAGCGUUUCGUUGAAUUUUCGACCGAAUCACGAUUCGAGCGGGUGGUUGGGUGAUUUGCGCUUCUAUGGCAGCCAUAUUCUAGUUAUGCUUGGCUUGAGGAGAUCCGUUUCGUCAAUGCUGAGGCAGUAUAUCAUUCCGGGGGACACCCCACGGGAGACUUGGCUUGGUCGCACUCUGGCCGCAUUGGUCAAGGAGAGACGUCAGACUGUUGAAAAACCUACACUGCGCAGUAUCUGUCAGGAGAUGAUGCGCACCCCAUCCACAGCAGCGUAUCUGGUUCUGUGUGACGGCGCAGAAGCCACUGUGAUUGAAAAGGAUCAUCGGACUGCAGUGAUGGACUCCAGUCCAUCCUUCAUCGUUGCAACAAAUAGCGAUAUUCUCGGUCCUGAGCUUCUUUCGAACGACAAAGCCACCGAUGUACCCUUUGGCGCAGCGCUGGGCUCUGGAGAGGCCAUCACACUGGCCGAGUUCAUCCAAGAUAGUAAGGAGCGAAGAGCAUGCAUGCAAGCGCACUGGGACAAAAAGGUGGUGCAGGCUGGAAGGUCGGCUCACGGUCGGAAGCGGACCAGCCCAGCUGCACGUCAUGAUCCUUUGCGUCGCACACGCUCCUCUAGAAGUCGAGCAGCACAUUGCCCAGUCGGUUCGGGAGCUAUCUCUGUGGGUAAAGAGAACGCAGAGGCAUCUGAGAUCUAUGAGGUCACCGCAACGCCUAAGGAAAUAAUACAAUGGACGGCAACAUAUCCAACAACGAACGAGAUGACACAUUUCGCAGCAGUCAUGGAUCCAACAAGUGGAAAGGUCAUCUGGAUUCAGAGGUUCCGCGAUCCUCUCAUUUUUGAGGAGAUGUGA